GGGUUAAUAUACCAGAUAAAAAAGAACUGAUUAUAGAUUUACGCUCAAUAGAGCAAAAAUAUAUUGAUUUAUUUAAUGUACCUAUUGAUUUGAAAAUACAAAAAAUUAAAAAUGAACUAUAUACAAUUGGAAUGACUAUUCCUCUGCGUAAGUUUACGAGAGAAAUUGAUGAGAUAACUGCUGAACUUAUUGAUAUUUUAAAUAAAAAAUAUCCACAUCCAGAAGGUAUUUUCACAAGACGGUUAGGAACAGUUAAAAUGGUAGAUAAAAGUAAUGAAAGAUAUUUUACACAUCUUGAUGUUAAAGAUUUAGAUGAGAAACAAGAAAAUGAAAUUGUUGAUGCGGUAUUUGAUCAACUCUUUCCUAUUUUGGGUAAUUCAACACUUAUGAGUCCUGAGGAAACAUUGAGUAAAUGGCACCUGUCCUAUUCUUGGGGAUUUCCUUACCGAAUGCUAGAAGGUGAGAAUCUUUUACGAAGAAAAUUUAUACAUAAAAUCGGGGGAAGGAAAGUUUUCAUUGAGAAAAUAUACAAAUAUCUUGAAGGUAAUCAGGUGAUACUUUCUGUCUCCCAUGUCUUCAUGAAAGAUGAAGUUUUAAAAAGGAGUAAAGUAGAAUUGAAAAAAAAAAUUCGUUCAAUUAUAGCUCAAGAUCCAUUAACUUAUUACCAUGGUAUGCUUGUAAAUGGAAAACAAAAUAAAAAAUUUGAUCCAAUGGGUGGCUGUGCUAUAGGUAUGAGUAGCGCCCACGCUAUGCCUCCUAAAAUAUUUGAAAUAUAUAAAAUGUAUAAGGAAUACCUAGCUAUGGAUAUCACAGCCAUGAAUUCUACAAUGACAUAUCCAUAUUUACGUAUGUUUAAAAAGAUACGAAAACACAGCUAUGAGAAUCAUCCAAAAUGCAAUGCAGUGGGAAGUAUAAUAGAUCAUUAUUAUGACAACCUUUAUAACUCAUAUUUAUGGAAUAUGUAUACAGGAGAGGUUAAGAUGAAACAUCAAAGCCAUAGUACUGGACAAAGCACGGUCUCUUCAGACAAUACUAUUUAUUGUUUGACUUUGUUUGUGGAAGCUUUUACAGCACUCACUGGCCUUCCGGCAAAGGAUUUUUUUAAGUCAAAUUAUAUUACUGCAUAUGGCAUAUCAUUACAUACUGAGAGGAAGGCUAUUGGUUCAUUAAACGGUAUAGAAUUCCUUAGUAAGGUAUAUACUGAGGAAAAAGCAGAUUUAGAACAUGUUAAAAUAUAUGUGCCUGAGUACGAAUAUACAAUUAGUUAUAAACAUAAUCAUGACAAACUGUUAAUGAAAUUCGAUGACAUUAAAAAAGAUCCAAAUAAAAACAAAAAAUAUUUGUUAGAGAGAUUGGUUGGUCUUGCUAAUAAUUGUGCAUACUAUCCUGACAUACAUGCUGAAUAUAUGAAGUUUUAUGAAAAAAUGAUUUUGUAUUAUUAUGGCUACCUUAAGAAUAUUCGAAAGCGUGUCCCGAUUAAAACUUAUUCAGAAGUUAUGAAAUUACAAUAUAGACGCCAAGAAGUAGAAGCUUUUACCCUUGAUAUGAGUCCUAUAGAGAAAGCUAUUCAGAACAUGAAAGUUACACUUAAUGAAGUGGAUUUUAAGUGUGAAUUCUUGUUCCAAAAUUAUAGAAAUAUGUUAUAUUGUAUAAACUUAAACUUACCAACAGCAUCAAAAGAUACUUUAUUUUUCGAUCCUAAUAGCUACCCUAUUUGUGAGGAAUUCAUUAUAGAAAGAUUAUUUAACUUGUCUUCUAUGGUUAAAGAUUCAAAAAAUAGGGCUUUAUGGAUACCGUUGAACUAUAUGGAUUCCAUCGAUAAAGUUAUCAAUGAAAUAAAUAAUAGUAAAGUACCUAUAAUAACAGCAAAAACUGGAGCUAGUAAGUCAACUGACUUUAUACAAAAUUUAACAACUAAAUACUCAAAGCCUAAAAUGUAUUCUGGAACAACGGAUAUUUGGGAUGAUGAUAGUCAUAAUGUUUGUAUACAUGGUUAUCUUUUGGCUCUUGAUAAAAAGUUCAAGGAUGAAGAUUAUAUUAUUUGUAUUGAUGAAGUACAUGAAAUAGAUGAAGAUAGUUUAAUAUUAAUGGAAAGAUAUAAGGGUCAUGUUAUAUGUCUGUCGGCUACUCCAAUAUCGGUACCUAAUGGAGUAGAAAUUCAGCUAUCUAAAUCAAGAAACCUUUACCAAAUUGAAGUUGUUCUGAGUCCAAUUAUCCAUCUAUCAUAUACGCAAUACCUUAAAUUACAUGAUACUUUAGCAAAAACACUGGGUAAAAAAUACCAAAUUAUUUUAGGAAGAAAUGAGGUUAUAAUGGAGGAUACAAAGGAGUGUGACAUAGUUAUUGAUUCAGAAUUCGACAUGGGUAGAAGAAAUAGUAAGUUCGUAAUCUGCCCUUCAUCUCAUACUGUUUUUAUUCAACGAAAGGAUAGGACAGGUCAUACAUGUGAUGGUGUAUAUGUCCGUAAGAAGCUAUUAUAUUUCUCUUCAGAAACUCCAAUAAGUCCAAAAAUUCCAUCAUGUUAUAACGCACUUUUAGCUAAUCCAGAUGUCGGUGUAUAUUUGGAAUUGGUGUAUUCAACAAAUGUUAUUGAUGCAGAUUUCUUAUAUGCGAGAAUAUUGAGUAAAAGGUAUAAUGCAAAUACAUAUUAUUACUCAUUAGUUGAUGUAGUGACUCCAAUUGAACAAGGAAUUUUAAAUAGCAUGAAUGAUAAUUUAACUCAGGGUGUAUUUCAUGCUCCAAAUGUAGGUUACAAAUGGAACACUAAAAAGAAAAGACAAAAAAUAAUAUAUGAACAUAAGUUUAAAUAUAUGAAGGAAACUAAGGAGAAAGAUAUUUUUAAAUAUAAAGUAUUUAAAGAUGAAGACAAAAAGAAGGAUUAUACUAAGUUGAAUUGGGCGUUAGACAAUAUUGCUAAAAAAUUACAAAAAAAUUAUGAAAAUAUAAAACAAAAUGACAAGUUUGACCCUAAUACCGUAAAUUUAGAGGAAAUGGGCAAAAUUGAUCAUACAAAAAAAAUUAAAAAACAGGGAGAAAAAACGUGUAUGUUAUAUGCAAAAGAAAAUAGCUGCACACUUAGAAAUGAAGAUAUUAAUAAUCAUUAUUUAUCAUGUAGUAUUUGUACCUAUGAUUCAGACAGCAAAUUAAAAAUCUGUUAUAGCUGUUUAGCCUACAAUUCAGAUUAUAAGAUGCCUAGUGCUUGGUAUUUCUAUGAUAGCUUAAAUAUAUGUCAACCAACUAUAAAUUAUAGUGAUUUUAAAGAAUUCAUCUGUGUAGAGCCCGCAAUUAUACGUAAUGGAAUCGCUCCAUAUCAUUAUGUAAUUCAUAAUGAUAAUCAAUACUGGUAUAGGCUAAAAAGCCAGUGUGGAAAUACUACCUUGGGUCUUCACAAUAUUAAUUGCC